AUGUCACAAACACAAAUAGAUUUUCAACAGAAGACGACAAUGUCUUCUUAUAAUAUCAUAAUGGAAAACGCGACUGGAUCGUUUGUCGAUCCAGUGGCGGCGAGAUGGAAUUCAUCCUCGAUAGAUUUCGCGGAGAUCACGAUGGAUCGAAACUUCGCCUUGUUAUUGGUGUCCCUGAUAUCUGCCAUCCUCUGGAUCGUUUAUAUAACGUACUACAACAGUCGAGUGCUUGGAUAUAUACUUACCAGACUAAUAAACAAAUUCUACUUUCAAGAUGAGAACUUUAAGAUUGGUUCCUUCACCCUCAAUGCACUUUCUGGCAAGAUCAUGUUCCGCGACAUUGUGUAUAUCAACUAUGACUACACAUUACGCAUACAAGAUGGUUACUUGAUAUUCAGAUGGUGGCGGUCUUAUGUACCCAAAGAUGCUUCAGAAGAUUUAUCACAUUCGGACACUCGACUUUCAAUAAUGUUGAAUGGCUUCGAAUUACACUUCUACAAUAGAUGCGAGCUUUACAAUGAACUCGAGAAAACAUUUGGCCUUGAGCCUGUAAUAAAAGAACGACACGAUGACGACGACUCCACCGACCGCGACAAAGCUAUGAACGACGCAAACGAGAAGCGCAGGCGCGCUCAAGACACAGUACGCUCGGAGGCAGCUAUGGCCAGGACCUGGCGGGACCUCAUUCCAGUCAUAAAGGUCGACGUUUGCACCAGCCGUGUUGUUUUCGGCAAUAAACUUGUUCCAACAACAUUAUCAAUAAGCGUUGAGGAAGCACACUUGGUCUAUAGUACUAAACCACCAGCUUCCAGUUUGGAUCAUCUAAUGCAUUUUGUGAAAGUUAAAGCCGAAAAUUGCAAAGUUAUUUUGGCUCCCAGUCCAAACUAUACAGCUAUGGUUGACGAACCACCGAGAUACAUGGGAGAAGGUUUCGUCGUUAUGAGCUCCAACUACAUUGAGGUCUACUUCUAUAUGGAUGAACCAGGUUUAGUGCCAGAACAGCCUGUGCUUUUGCAGUUAGCUAAUGGAGACAUCGUAGAGUCAGCGCCACCUAUUUGGGGUGUUGAUAUCAAAUGCGGCAAAGGUACUGAUUUCAGUUACGGGCCAUGGGCGGAUAGACAAAGAGACCAUCUCUUUAAAUUCUUUUUCCCACCUAAUUACAAAUCCCUGGAAGUGACGCCGCAACCGAAACCGGGCGACAGAAGACAAAUGCAGUCGUUUGAUAUUAGACUAUCAACGCUAAAUGAAGCUACUAUUGACAUUCUGUUUACGAAGAACAAAGAAACCAACGCGGUUCACAUCAAUGUUGGUGCCGGAUCGUACAUGGAGGUGACUCUGCCGUGGAUAGUGCUACAAGACGGAUACACAACCAAAAUAACGGGUCAACUUCUUCACUUAGAAGCAACAACGAGCCUUCAAUAUAGAAGCUUAGCAGAGAGUGAGACAUUGGAAUAUACCGUCAAAUGUCAUUAUCCAUUAGUUUGGAAUCAUCAUCAGUGCUGGCAGCUGUCACUGACUGGCUGCAAAGCUACGGCUCACUUUGUGUACACCCACAUUGAUUUCUUUCAAGAUCUGAUUAAUGAUUGGGCAAGCAAAGCCCGCCCCGAUAUUUUACACUUCGUCCCUUACACAUGGAAGAUUUCACUAUUGUUGAAAGAGUGUGAAGUAUUAACAUUGAGCAAUCAACAUAAUUGGAUCGACUGCAGCUCUACCAAUCAGGAAAACAAUCAUGUUGCCUUUUGCGGGGACUUGUUGGAUGUGUCAUUUGAUUUACCUUUCAUUGACUUCUUGCCGGACGUAAUACCUCUCAAGAUUUGGGUACAAGGCGAAGCCGUAGACAUGAGUUUGUACCUACCUGAAGUUAAUACUUCAAGAUUGCUCCUACUGUCAAUUGACAAGAAUAUGAAGUUGGUUCCUUGUCGAUUAAAAGCUUCAAAAUGGCGUAGGAAAUGUGUCAAAAGUCAGGGUUGGGUAGAUUGUUGGUCUGUCCCUAUUGUGGCUUUGAGCGUUAGAUACAAUUACCACCCGAUUCCACCGCUUGGACCAGAGCCACAAGCUGAUAUUACAACGCCGGAGAAAGAAGAGAUUCUUCUUUCACCCAUGAGAAUACCAAGAAUGAGAAAGCAGCCGCAAAUGAAUUGGGCUAUUGAUGGAAAUACAUUUGAUCGGACUUCGCUGCCACCAGAUAAAGUGAGUGUGGAACUGGAAGUAGGUCCCUCCGUCCUUCUUGCGUAUGGAACUAUAAUCACAAGUUUUAUGAAUUUACUAGAAAAUAUUUUCGGGGAAGACCAGAGAUUCACUGACAUGCAAAAAUCGCCGAACGUAGAAAACUUCUUCUGGUUUAAUGAUAACCCUACAAAACUCAACGACAGGAGCAGCAUUAAUCAACAUGCUGAUGUUUGCAAUCUGGAUGACUCCAGCGAUUCAUGCAAAGAGCCUUUCGAUCCCCGCCACUGUCGGCCUCUAGAUGUGUCCGUGUCUAUUAUUCUCCACGAUAUUCAAGCACAUUUGGUAAAAAAUUGUAGCGAAAACGAACCCCCGUGUCCUGUUGUGCUCAUUGAAAGAUUCGGUUUCGAAAUGGACAAAAGGUUUAGAGAAACUAAACUCCAGCUUUUACUCAGCCCUUCAAUUCUCAUAUCGUCCAAUAAUUUAUCUAGGCCCAAUGCAAAUACUACCGGCGCUCUUCAACAAGGACAUGUAAUGCUAUCGUCUUUUCAACUUCGCGGAAACGGUUUCUUUAGCGACGCCAAUCGCUCCGUGGAAGAAGACACUACAGAGUAUGCGUGGAUGAUGGAACUGCAGCUCGGUCAACUGACAGGUCGCCUAACCCUGCCACAGCUCUACCAGAUUGUUUCAUCUCUCGAAACGUUCCUGUUACUCAUUUGCGACAGCGAAAACGAGUUGGUACCUCCAAAUUCUGUAAAGCAAUGCCAUCAUGGCUUAAACAACGUUCUAUGUCCAGAAACGGACUUAGUUCUGAAAUAUCGUUGCCCUUCACCGAAUGAAAUCAAAUAUCGCAUGAUCCGAGUAGCGAUCGACCUCAUAGAUAUUUACAUUGCCGACUCAAAUACGACACUUCAGUCAUGGAUAUCCCCAAUUAGAUUAUCCUUCUGUAAUCUUCAUGGAUCUGGUUUCGGCACUGGCAUCACUGGCUUGCUCCCGAACAUAAAGCUUGCAUUGUAUACACAAACAAACAUGCAAACUAAUACUCACCAUCAUUCCAAUGGUAGUGCAAACAGCCAAAAUAAAAGCACUGAAAGUGAGAAUUGGGUUGGAGUAGGUUCUGUAUCACUUGGGCCGGUUUUAAUUGAAGCGGCUUCUUCGCUGCCUCAAGCUCCGAGAAAUCUGCAUUUAGUGCAACAAAAGUUUCUCAAACUUCACGAUGAUAAAACUAAAAGGCUGUGGUUCCUGUGGCCAAAUGAAGGCAAAGGCACCCAGUGCGGAUGCACAGGUGGUUGUGCAUUUUUCGGCUCAAAUCGAAACGGGCCGAAUUUCCUAAAGCCGACACAGUCAGAUAUCCUCGAAGGCAUCAAUGUAGCUAUGUUCAAUGUCAUAGAAACGACUCCCGGAGAAUAUGGCUACGGACAAAGCUUGUUGCACCCAGGGCAACUGGUGUUCCACACCCCACCGUACAAUAGUUUGAAUGUAUGCUUGCAGCCAACAAACGUUGCCACUUUAAUUCCUUCGCCUUUACCACAAGCAUUGAACAAGUCGCCUCAGAGCAUUGAUCGACGAAGUUUGACCCGAAGGUUCUCUUACACGAGUAUGGGCAAAGGUAGUAACAAUGUGCUUGUUUCAAGCACCAAAAGUGACGUUCCGUACGCUCGCCUAGUUGAUUCUACAGUGCCUUUAGGAAAUUCCAAAAUUGAUAGUGACUCAAAGCUCAAUAAGAGUAUUCUAAAUGUGCCUCAAAUGGAAAGUAGUGUUUCAGAUUCUAAAUUGGCCCUUAGCUGCGCUGUUAAAGACGGCACAAAUGGACUAUCCAAAAAGUCAGUACUUACUGAAAACGAGGUGUUUGCUGCUCCUAAAGUACCAGCGAAGAGUGUUGCCGUUUCGGAAUCUCAUUAUUCCCUCAACUCGCAACCGCCUCAUGAGGAAUCACUAUCUCAAGAAGUCCAAAGAGCGAUGUCAAUCACUAGUGAAAAUCAUUCCGAAGCGUUCUUCUCGGCCGAUGAAGACAUGUUCCCGAGUCGCUCAUCAAGCUUAAAACAUUCGUUUGGAAGUCGCCACAGCAAUCCAAAAGAAAAGAGUUCCUUCGGCAUAAACGAUAUAACGAAUGAAAAAUGGACUAGUUCAAUUCCCAGAUCAGAGUUGGUGGACGGCCGCGACACUAUCAGCAAUCUUAGCACCGGCAUGCAACCGGAUUCCGAAAGUGGAUCCGUUUCCUCUACUUCAUUCAUUUCGGCAAUUUCUUCACAAGAAGAUAUGACGCUGGUUAACCUACAUAUGCAAACUAAUAAACCUAUAGUAGAUUCUCCUUUACUCAUGGCUAGCUACAUGCAUAAUCUGCCACAAUACAAAUGCUCUAAUUGGUCCACUUGCUCUUUACCUUGCGGUAGAGACGCCUUCACGUUGCCGCUUUUCAAAAGAGCUGAUGAUGGCUCUUUAGUUUACAUUGGUCAGAAAUAUUUGCCUGAUUUCGAGCCAACAGGUAAGGUACAUAUUUUAAAACUGAUUUCUAAGAAAGAUGGACACAAUGUCCAAAAUCAACACGGCCCAUUCUCUAAUUUGACGCCACAUUUCAAUUCUCAAAUCAAAGCUCAUCCCUAUCCUCAAGGCUGGUGGGAGCUCCAGCAAAAUGUGCAAGACAACCAAGAGAAUAUUACAGACAGGAGUACGACGUCCACUGCUACUACAACAAGCGACAGUAAAAGUGGGCUGUUUGUCAAGCUGCGUGGAGAAGUUGAUGUGAUGCUUACACCUCUAGUGUUGGAAAGCACCCAAAAAUUUGUCGAAUCUUUAACACCGGUUUUAGCUAACAUUCACCCGAUAACCGUGAUCAAUCACUUGCGGCUGCUUUGUAUCUCGUCUGUAGAGCGCGCUAAUAUCCUGAAACAGAAACAGUAUGUCUUGAACUGGUUGCCCCAGGUGCAAGCUCACAAUCAGUCUAAUAUUGUAACUAAUAAAGAUGAUAAGUAUAAACAAAUUCCAACUGUUCCACAACCGAACGUAUACGAAGAAACGAUAUGCGAACAACUGCAAGCAACAGUAACGAUACCAAAAGUUAAUGUGAUAUUUAUCCAGUCUUCUGUAGUGGAGGACAUGAUCUCUUUUUCAGCUUUGGAUAACAUACAAGAUUUGACGUGUGUGUCGCUUUUCGGAUUGUCAGUAGAAAACAUAGUGGCGAAAUUUCUUAGUUCUAAAAAGACGUUGGAAUCUAUUCAGUUGUACUACAGACCUACCUUGCGUGCUCUUGUAAACAAGAAGUCGUUUGGAAUCAUGAAGGGGCCACGCGCGUUCAUAUCCGCGCAGUCUUCGGGUUCUGGACGAAAGAGAGGACCAGAGAAGGGCGAGCCGGUGUUUAUAGAGACUUCACAACAACAGUGUGAAGACACCACUAUCACCUUGAACAUUGGUAAAGUUCACGGUCAGCUACGACGUAUCCGUAACGAGUCAUCUCAGUUAAAAGAUGCAACUGUAACCGGUAUUCCAUGCCAACAUUCGAAAGUGUGCUUCAAGUUUACUAAAAUUGACCCUUGCAGUAAGGGAUGUGACACUACGUGUUGCCAAAGUGGGGCAACGGAAAAUCAAAAGGAAAGUUCAGUCGGCUUCAUUAUGUUUGAAUGUGGACUUGAAGGUGUAUCUAUCAAAGUAUCUCAACACUCACAGUCUCAAAAGGCGAACGAGGAGAAAAAACCACCUCGGAAUGAUAACGAAAGUUGUCGAGAGUCCGUCAAAUCCGCUGAAGAACUCAAACCUGAUAAAGAGAAGAUUAACAAGGGAUAUAGAACAUCAGGAAUUGAAGACCUGUUUAGAAAAAAAGAAUCGAACUCGAAGCCAAGUACUCCAAACUUAGGAGCGGCACAACCGCCUUCGGUGCCGCCGGAACCUACAACACCCGGCCCGGAGGAACCGACCGAUAGCACGGCGACAAUAGUUCCCGUUAAAGAUAAUGGGAAUAGGUCCUCCUGUGCCAUAGAUCUAAAAGUUGUCUGGUUCAACUUCGCUGCGCCACCACGCACACCAAUUACGAAGAAAAUCGACUACACAAGACUGGACUGGAACCUGCUGAGCACUGCGUCGCCGGCGAUCAACGCGUGGAUGAACCCGUGCAACCGGCUGGGUAUCCGCGUGGUGGCGCUGUACCGCGCGCGCGCCCGCCGUCUGGCCGCCACCGCCGCCAGCCUCAUGGCCGCCGCGCUCGACCGCGCGCCCCACCACACUACGCCCAAGAGUCGGUACGGGCGGCACACGGCGAUGGCGAGGCAGCUGCGCGAGGAGCCGUCGCUGCAGCUGUGCGCGGUGCUGCUACGGUACGCGCUGCAGGCCGACGCGGCCGCGCUGCAGGCUGACCUGGCCGAGCGCCACCUGCCCUCGCUCUCCACGUUGCGACAGGGUGUUAUAGUGUUAAGUCGUCAGUGGAAGAACAUCUUAUACACCCCACUGCUGCUGGAGCAUAAUUACAAGAGCAAGGUGAUGAAGCCACUUAACGUGACCUUUACUUUACCGGAAUUGUUAGAGGAUUCUGUAGAAGGCUGGCAAGAAUACCAAUUGGAAAACGAAGCUCUGGACGAGAAUUGUCUUCUCUUAAACAUGGAAGCUGAAAAGUUAAAUCUUCCCCCGUCUGCCAUGCCGGCGAGUCCGCGACCGCACUCGUUCCCCUCCACGCCGCCUUCUGUACGAGGCGCGCACAGUAGCCGAGCGAGCUUAGUAUUUCCGUCGCUUCCGUUCUCUACAAGAAAACCCCCAUUCCAGGAUGACGCAAUUGCUAACUAUGGAACAUUGAAGGAAGACUUGCCCACGGUGGGUUCGAAUCCAUCGCUAUAUUCGCCGCACGGCAGCCACGACGACGUGGCUAACGAACGGGCUCGCGAGGAUCUCUACCAGUGGAUGGCCAAGCAAGAGCCCAUGAAAGUGGAGCCAAAAACGAAGAAGCCAAUAAUCCCAGCGUCGAAAAUGAACCCUCGGGCGAUGGCGGCAACACUACCUGCGUGCAGCCUGUACCCGCUGCAGGGCUCGCUCAUGCUGCUGGACGCGCAUCUCGUGUUCCAGCCGCUGCUGGCCGCGCUCGGCGUGUCCCCGCACCAGGUGCCGCAAGGGAAGUGGAAGGGUGGCGGUGGGGGCGGGGGCGCGGUGCCGGCGCUGGAGUCGCUGGGCUCGACGCUGUCGCUGCUGGGCUGGGCGGACGUGCUGCGCGUCGAUAUCGUGGUCAGCGACCUGGCGCGCGACCGCCGCCACGCGCCCAGCAAACCCAAGGGUCACCCAAGUCACAUUGACAUUCCGUCCGAGACACCGGCGUUCCUAUGUGAGAAGGUGUCCAUCGACGUGGACCUGAAGAAGGUGGCCGAUAUGACUGUGGAUGACCUCAUACAGCGCCGGAAUGUACUUUACAUAUCGCGCGGGCAACUCAAGAAGCACAUUAGCACAAUGCUCAACUUCAACGUCAGCGUAAGGUUUAUCUCGCAACAGGUGAAUAUGCCGUUACUUCGGUUGCUGCACCAAAUCAGCAGCAUGUAUCAGAACGUGAAGGAUACCCAGAUCGAGCUGCGCAGUCAGACUAAGAGCAAUCAUCGCCAGAACAAGCAUACGCCCUCAUCAGUUUCAGAGUUCCGCGAGAACGUAGUGAGCCUGUCGUCGCUGGAUAAGGAGAGCCAAUAUGGGGCGCUGGACGCGGGGCUGGUGUGCGGGACGGGGGCGGGGACGGAAGCUGAAGCGGACGCGAGAGCGGGAGUUGCAGCCGAUCUGAGCGCGGGAGAGGGAGUGGAGCUGAGAGCGGCUGCCGGCGCGGGCCCGGCGGCAGCGCCGCGCCCCGCGCGCGCCCGCCCGCCCGCGCAGUCCUUCGCGCAGAAGCUGCGCUCCACUGGCAAGAGCGUUAAGGGCAAACUAGGAUACAGCUCGCUGAACGAGGGCGCGCACACGCCCAUGUAUAACACGACUGUGGGGCACGUGGCGACGCAUGUGACGCACGUGGCAACGGUGACACACGCACACACGCCGCAGUUGAGCGUGGCCCACGACUCUCAGCUGGCGCCUCGAUGCUGGCGCACCAUGUACCUCCUGCUGGACCUGUACGCGAACAUGCCCGACGCGGACACCAUCACGCACAGGUACGACACCACCGUGGGGUACGCGGGGCACGUAGUGACACACGUGGCGUACGAUUCGUAG